GAUCUCGUCGCUAGGGCUUGGCGAGAGGAAGCGGUGGCGCGUGGAUGCGGCGCCGACGCCUAGAGGUGUAGCUGACAAAUUUGGGGGCAAUGGAUCUUCUGCUCGAGAGCAAGGACGGGGAGAUCGCGGCUCUCAACGAUCAGGUACUCCGCCUCGGGCAGAGGAAUAGGGUUUUAGAAUCGGCCUUGGGUGGGCUCGAGGAGAGGAUCCGGGGGCUGGAAUCGGGGUUGGGUCGCAAAGAAGUGGAAAUCUUAGGCUUGGAGGGGAGAUUGGGCGAGAAGGAGGACGAGACAACGGCAUUGGCUGCAAAGAACAAGUCCCUUCGCGAGCAGAUUGAUGGGCUAUGUGACGCUGUGAAGGACCUCGAGAGGCAGAGAAGCUUGUCGGUAGAGAAGGAAGAGGCUUCGCUCAAAGAGAUCCAGAGGCUAUCUUUCGCGCUAGAGGAGAAGUUUGGUGCUUUGGGUGAUGCUGUUGCCGAUGCUGCGAAGCACAGGGAGCUGUGUCGGGCAUUGGAGCAGACCCUCGAGCAGAGAACUCGAGCAAAGGAUGUGGAGCUCGAGGCAUUGAAGAAGGACGUCCAGAGCAAAGAUACACAGCUCGUUUCUUUCAACGAAGAUGUUGUCGAGCUUCGCGAAAAAGCUCGUGGCAUGCAGUCGACGAUCGAGAGACUCGAAGAGACAGUAGCUGGUCAGAGCAAACGCCUGUGCGUGAAAGAAGCCGAAGUAACGAGCUUGGAAGCAAAUGUGAGCGUUUUGCAUGGGAAGCUUGGUGAGAAGGAGGAAGAGCUGCAGUCGCUACUGAAAACCAGGAAGACUUUGGUCGAGCAGAAUGAGCUGCUGAAACAGACCGUGCAGAAGUUUGAGCAAAGGAAAGCUGAAUGGAUCAAACAGGAGGAAAGCUUUACUCGUCAGGUUCAGGAGCUCGCUAUUUCUCUCGAAGAAAAAUGCGCCGCUUUGAAAUCUGCCACCAAGGACGCAAGGGAUGCAAAGGAACGAUGUAAGGAGCUGGCAACCUGUUUGACAGAAAAGGUUGAGGAGCUCAAGUGCUACCGGAAGAAGUGUGAGGAUCUUCAAACUUCUCUCGAGUUUUGUGAAGGAGAGUUGAAAGCACUACAGGAUGAGAAUGAGCGACAACAGAAGGUUUUGCAGCUCUCAGCGGUCGAGUCGCGCUUAGAAACAUUAGCCAGUCGGUUGAAGACGAAGACCGAAGAACUGGAGGCUUUGACGAAUGAAGCGAACAUCAAAGACGAGAAGCUCGGGGCCAUGUCCGAAGAGGUCGAACAAUUACGACGAGAAAACAAAAAGCUCAACACAACAGCACAGCGCCUACAGAAGACACUGGACUCUCGCUUGGCUGAAUCUGCAGCACAGCUGCUGGAUCUUUCAGAGAAACUUACGCAAUCGCAGAACAGCCUGACUAAAAAGGAUGAAGAACUUACAGUUCUACUCGAGGACAACGAGAACUUGCAGCAGGAGGCUCAAAGGUUCAGGCAAUCGCUGGUUGAGUUUGAGAUCCGAAAAUCCGACUGGGAGAAGAAAGAACGCGCUCUUACGGACGAAGUGUUUGCACUGUCCUCUUCUCUUGAAGAUCGAAAUGCUGCUUUGGAAUCUGUUGUUAUGGAGGUAGACAGGCUGAAAGCAAGAUGCCAAGACUUGGAGUCAUCUCUGCAGGAAGAGGUUGGAAAGUUGCAGCGUUGCAUGCAUGAACGCAAUGCAUUGGAAUCAGCAUUGAGCUCAAGCCAGCAGGAGCAGGAGGAAUUACGGACAGCAGCAGCUUCGGAAGCUCAGCUUCUCCGGGAGAAGCUCUCGAUAUCCGAUUCUCAACUGACAGACGCUUGGAGCUGUUUGAACAUGAGAGAUCAAGAGAUGGAGCUCAUGUCCAAGGUUCUUGAGGAGAAAGAGUCUCAGCUCUGCUGCAUCAGUGACGAACUUCGCGAGCUCCGUGACCUUAAGGUGACACUGGACUCGGCAGCCGAAACUUCAAGAACGAGCAUUGAGGCUUUAGAAGCUUCCCUGAAGGCGCGACAAGCGGAAUGGUCAGCUCUGGACGAAAAGCUUGCGACGGUCGAAACAAAAUUGGCUGAGACGGAGGAAGCUUUGGAAGUCGCUUGCAGGGAGAAAAGAGAAUCAGAGGAACGAAUCACUGGGCUUAAGCAGGCUAUGGUUGAACUGGAGGACAGGAAGAAUUGCUGGCGAAUAAGGGAGGAGGAUCUUAUCAGCGAGCUCGGGAAACUUUCAUCGUCAUUCGAAGACAAGUGUGCUACCUUAAGUCGUACGGAGCUGGAAGCAAAGGUUCAGAGAGAGGCAGCCGAAGCCAUGCAGACGGCUCUUCAGAUAAUGGAGAGCUCUUUCAUGAAGACGGUCGCGGAGUUGGAUAGCUGCAAGGCUCAGCGCGAUCUUCUCGGCGUGACUUUGGCUUCCCGGGAAGAGGAAUUGGUCUCUCUACGGGCCGAAAGCGCUCAGCAGGUGGAAGCCUUGAAAGGGAGGCUAUCUGCCACUGAGUUUCAGCUGAAGGAAGGUGUUGACCAGCUCCAUGCGAAGUCUGCAGACAUGGACCUUGUGGUCAAGGAACUUGGCAACCGGGAGAGCCAGCUAGCUUGUGCGAAAGAAGAGAUCCAGCAUCUCACUGAGAAAAACAGCCACCUGGACUUUACGGUCCAAAGCUUGCAAGUGAAGGUCUCGAAGGUUGCCGAAGAGUUGAAGAGGAGCGAAGCAAGAGGACAACAGCUUCUCAGCGACUUGACCAGCGCAGAGUCCAAGCUUGCAUCGAGCAAGGAGAUGGUUUCGGGCCUGCAGCUCAAAGUUGAUCUUGGGAAUCAGAUCAGUUCAAAGAUGGAAGGAGCGAAUGCCAAGAUCAAGGAACUGGAGUCCAUGCUGGCGCAGCUCAUGGCAUUUGCUCAAGACAAAGAUGAGAGGCUGGACGCAUCGGAGUGGGCAGUACAGCAGCUGGGACUCAUCGAGGUGUCCAAAGCCAAGGCCAACCUCGAAAGAGCCGAACGGGAACGAGUGCAACUCAAAAACAGGUGUGCGGAGCUGGAAAACGAGGUGAAAGUGAAAGAGGAGGAGCUUUUGGACUUGGAGUCGUGCUUAAGUCAGCUAAAGCUCGAGCACGACAAGGACGCGGGCAGCAUCGAGGACUACCGGGUAGAAAAACGCAGGCUCGAGAAGGAGAUCGAGAGACUCGAGUGGGACUUGUCGAUCUCUCACGAGGAUGCGUCCAUCACCAGCAGCAAGCUGAAAGAGAUCCAGUGCGAGCUUCAGAGGGCGCAGCUCAACGGCAAAUGCCUGGUCCAGCAGAUGCUCAUGCUCCACGAAAAUCUUCUCCAGGAGGGAAAAGCGCUGCUGGAGAUUGGCAAGGACGACGCCUCGCCGGUCAGCUCCGUGCGUUCUUCGAGGAGAAGCUCACUAUCAGCAAGCAAAGUGUGUGAUGAAAGUCCGAGACGCGAGAGCAUCGAUUUCGAUGGCAAAGAAAACGUUCCAAGCAUUGCUUUGAGCGCUGCGAUCAAGAACUUCGAUGCCACUGCCAAGAAUUUUGAGGCUGCUUCUCCCAAUCCGGUGGAGAGAGCUCCAUUCCAAGUUCUCCAUCUCGGCGACGUGAUUGAUCUUGCGCUCGCAAUGACUAGCGAUCUGGCGCCUUUCAUCGCGAUUCUAACCCUGGGAUUCGUGAUAUGCGCUGCAGGGAGCGAGAUUGUGGACGAGAAUGCCGACCCGAUCAAGAGCUUCGAGGUGGAGGAGGAGACGUGGGCGCUACUGGCGCUCAAAUCCGCCUGGAACGACAUGGCCGAGCAUCUGGUGAGCUGGGAUCCAUCCAAGGGGACGCCCUGCGGCGCGCAGGGCUGGGUGGGGAUCAAAUGCCACCGGGACAACUCCACUGGCCUCGUCCAAGUCGUGUCGAUCGUGCUGCCAAAGGCUUCUCUCGAUGGUGGCUUCCUGGUGGGUGAUAUUGGCUCUCUCUCCAAGCUCGAGAAGCUAGCUCUUCCCGGGAACAGGCUUUCGGGGAGAAUCCCAGUGGAGCUCAGCAUUCUCCAAAACUUGGUAUCGCUCGAUCUCUCGAGUAAUCUCCUGUGGGGAACGAUUCCAGUGGAGCUUGGAUCUCUUCAAAAGCUCAAGGCACUCUCACUUGCAAACAACAGCCUCACUGGUGUUAUUCCUCCAGAGAUUGGGAACUUGACACAGCUUACAGUGCUCUAUCUCCAGCAAAACCAGCUUGUUGGAAAGAUUCCAGCCGAGCUCUGCGACUUAACGGCCCUGGAGGCACUCUACCUCCACAGCAACUAUCUCACUGGACCGAUACCACCGGAGCUAGGCAGGCUCAAGAAGCUGGCAGUUCUUCUACUCUUCUCCAACGAGCUCACAGGUAGCAUCCCUGAAACACUCGCCAACCUGACCAACUUGGAAGCUCUGGUGCUGUCGGAGAACAGUCUCUCGGGUUCCAUCCCUCCUGCGAUUGGAUCGUUUCCGGUGCUACGCGUGCUCUACCUCGACUCUAACAAUUUGUCGGGAUUGAUACCACCCGAGAUUGGCCUUCUGCCUUGUCUUCAAAAGUAUUGCUCCUCGAAUCCGACCAACGCGUACUUCAACGGGCCUCCGGCUAUCAGGCUCUUCUCCAACAAUCUCCAGGGUCCGAUCCCUCCAGAGAUUGGAAACUUACAGAGCUUGGAGAUUCUGGAACUUAGCUCCAACCAGCUCUCGGGCGGCAUUCCUCCAGAGCUCGGGAACAUGACGUCGUUGGUUCAUCUCGACUUGCAGUUCAACAAUCUGUCCGGCCCGAUCCCUCCAGAUAUUUCUCUUCUCUCUCGCUUGGAGGUACUGUCACUGGGAUACAAUCGGCUUUCUGGAGCAAUUCCAUACGAGGUUGGCCUCCUCUUUUCGCUACGGCUCAUGUACCUUCCUAACAACAGCUUGAGUGGACACAUUCCAGCGGACCUCGAGCACCUCAAAAUGCUCACUCAGGUGGACCUCGAUUUCAACGAGUUGACGGGCUCCAUUCCAAAGCAGCUCGGCUUCCUCCCAAACUUGCAGGCACUCUUUCUUCAGCAAAACAAGCUUCAAGGAAGUAUUCCUCCGGAGCUUGGACAGCUCCGGUCGCUGCGGUUUUUAAACCUGGGAAACAACAACCUCACAAGUACAAUUCCUCGAGAACUGAGCUCUCUAACCGGGCUGUCGCAGCUUCUCCUCAACAACAAUUCUUUAAGCGGUGCAAUCCCACCAGAACUCGGUCUGCUGCAGUUUCCUCUCUACUCCAGCCUUCCAGAGCACGUCCACUUUGUUUCGGACCAGUCGGCCAUGGACUUGAGCGGAAAUUAUCUUUCUGGCCCUGUUCCACCCGAGCUUGGGAACUGCUCGCUCUUGACGGUGCUCAACCUUGCGGAUAAUCUCCUGACGGGCACUGUUCCAGAGGAGCUCGGUAGCCUUUCGUUCCUGGCUUCUCUGGUUUUGGAAAACAACCAACUUGAAGGCAAAGUACCGUCGAGUUUGGGGAACUGCUCGGGCUUAAUUGCUAUCCGGCUGGGACACAACAGGUUGACAGGCACCAUACCAGAAAGUUUCGGCCUGUUGACGCACCUUCAAACGUUAGACAUGAGCUUCAACGGGUUGACAGGCAAGAUUCCACCGCAAAUCGGGCUCUGCAAGAGCCUUCUAUCCCUGGCUCUCAACGAUAACGCUCUCAAAGGCUCGAUUCCGACGGAGUUGACAACACUUCCUAUUCUCCAAUUCGCAAGCAUGGCCCACAACAAGCUGACGGGAGUCAUACCUCCAACUUUGGACUCGCUAGCUCAACUACAGGUGCUGAACUUGGAAGGAAACAUGCUUUCCGGUAGCAUUCCUGCCAGAGUCGGUGCGAUACGUGACCUUCGCGAGCUUGUCCUGAGCUCUAACCGACUGUCCGACAACAUACCUUCGAGUCUUGGCUCUCUAUUGUUCUUAAGGGUGCUGCUGCUGGACAAGAACAACUUCACUGGUACAAUUCCGCCAACUCUUUGCAACUGCUCUAGUUUGAUGCUCCUCAACCUCUCGAGCAACGGGCUUGUUGGGGAGAUACCGAGACUCGGAAGUUUCUUGAGGUUCCAGGCGGAUUCUUUUACUAGAAACACCGGGCUCUGCGGUCCUCCGCUCCCUUUCCCGAGGUGUUCAGCAGCAGAUCCAACAGGGGAGGCUGCUAACACGCUUGCAGACUUUCACAACUGGAAGAAAUGGCUUACAGUACUCGGGCCGGCUGUGGCAGUGUUGGCGGUGCUGGUCUUCGUUGUUUUGCUGGCCAAGUGGUUCCAUUUGCGUCCAGUUCAAGUCACGUAUGAUCCGUCAGAAAAUGUUCCCGGCAAGAUGGUGGUGUUCGUCAACAACUUUGUUUGCGACUACGACGACAUCGUUGCUGCAACAGGCGGUUUUGACGAUUCCCACUUGCUGGGAAAGGGCGGCUUUGGAGCCGUCUACGAUGCAGUUUUACCCGAUGGCUCGCACUUGGCAGUGAAGCGGCUGCGAAACGAGAACGUUGCGAAUGAUCCAUCUUUUGAAGCGGAGAUAAGCACUCUUGGUCUCAUCAAGCACAGGAACCUGAUGUCGCUCAAGGGGUUCUACUGCAGCGCUCAGGAAAAACUCCUGUUUUACGACUACAUGCCAUGUGGAAGUUUGCACGACGUGCUCCACGGUGGUGGUGUCGCCUCUGCCUCUCCAUCAACGUUGUUAAGCUGGAUGGCUCGUCUUAGAAUUGCUGUGGGGACUGCUCGAGGCCUACUCUACUUGCACGAAGGCUGCUCGCCUAGAAUCAUCCACCGGGACGUGAAGUCGAGCAACAUUUUACUAGACUCGGACAUGGAGCCUCACAUCGCCGACUUUGGACUGGCGAGGCUCGUCGAGAACAAUGCCACUCAUCUCACGACAGGCAUAGCCGGAACUUUGGGAUAUAUCGCCCCGGAGGUGGUUUCGACGUGCAGACUCUCGGAGAAAACAGACGUGUAUAGCUUUGGCAUCGUUCUCCUGGAGCUGCUCACGGGAAGAAAGCCACUCGUCUUGGGGAACCUGGGAGAGAUUGUAAGCGUGACUACAUGGGUGAAAGCUAUGAACCAGCAAGGCAAAGGCAUGGAAACUUUCGACAGCGAGCUCGUGUCUUUGAGCCCCUCUUCGGGACCAGUUCUAGUGCAAAUGAUGCAACUGGCGCUUCACUGCACCUCCGAUUGGCCUUCAAGACGUCCUUCCAUGGGUAAAGUCGUGGCUUUUCUCGAGCUCCUGCAAGAAAGCUUGCUCAGAGAGGAGGAGGAGUCCAAGCAGCUUCUCCUCUUAACCGACAAGACGGAUCAACAGAGCGAGAAAGUCAGCCUGCCGUCAGACGACAUGAUGGAGAGAUAGAUCGAUCAUUCAGGAACAUGGAAAAAAAAAAGAGACAUCAAGAAGGAAGGAAGACCUCUACUUAGUAGCAUUUGAAGCCUGGAGCAACGCGAAACUUGCAGCUGGAAACGUAAGACUUCAUCACCGAAUUUGCUCGUCGUCCUUUGGUGGCAAUCAGCAUGCUGCAGAAGCAGUCGGGAGUCAUCGUUUUGGCGGCGUUGCAACAGUUGACGUCGGGCUUCUCCAUGACGGACCCAAACUUGACACAGGGGACACACUUCUCGUAGAUUUCAGCCUGGUUACAAGCCGAUCGAGCACCGGCGAGCAUCUGGAGAAGCAGCACUACCAUCAGGAAGAAGCAGCCAGCAGGAAUUCUAGCCAUAGCUGAAGCUCUCGAUUCCACAACUUCAAGGCAGAGAGAAGAAAGAGAAGUAUCCAGUACCUUUCGAAGCGAGCAAUUUAUAGCGCGGCAACUCAACACGGUGAGGAGACAACGCUGCUUCGUGCAAAGGUUUUUUAUGUGGAAGGUCGGCAUACUUGUCUAGUCGAGCGCCAACACAACUCGCGGGGCGUAGUUUCUUACAGGCUCUCUCUCUCUCUCGUGCGUGCGCUUGGUCUGUCGGGAGACAAAUGCAUCGCAACUGGCUUCUACGAAGGCGGCGAGAAUUACAACUUGAGGCAGAGUCGGUUCCUCCAGGAAAGUCUUUUCAAAGUUCUCGCUGAGGUUUAUCUUCUUUCUGUUUUGUCUAGCGACUUCUCGAGCGUUUCUCUCCAGUUUAAAAAGCUUGAUUAUUUUUUUCCAACGCAUUCGCCACACACGCCCUUGACCUCGCAAGCGGUUUCUCCAGCCCAGCAGCCAUCACAAAUACAAUGAUCGUGGUGUUGAGGAUCAAUCUCACGAGAGUCCAUGUCUAGUUCACAGAUUAAAAAUAUGGAGACAGGAAAUAUUAUGAUAGAGUAGAUGUUCCAUUCCUUACCUUGAUCAGAUGCGCUGCUGCUUACCAGCAAGCAAACGAGUAAAACACAAAUUACAAGUGA